AUGUCCCGCUGGUCAUCCGUUCUGCUGUUGGCAUUCGCCGGCGCUCUUCUCGUCCAGGUCAGUUUUUUUUUUGGCCGGUCCCGCCACUUGAUGCUGGAAGAACAAGUUGGGCGAACAAACAAAGUGUGCUCGCUUUAAGAGCCCCCCCUCAUGACCAGUUCUCGGUAUCCAGUUGUCAUGUUGACUAGUGAGUCAUGAACGACAUGAAAAUGCUAUAGGAGAGCGAAGAAGUCAUUGUUCUAUUGAAUAGCUAACCUAUGCACAAUAACUCAAACUAUUCGCGCCUUUGCAUAGUUAUACAGUAACCACGAUGCACCAUAAACGUUCAGAGCCUCGCUGCUCCGACUCCGGACGAGCCAAUCAUCGUCCGCUCAAAACGUCAGCAGUGCCGUUGUGUCAAGAACCCGAACGGUGGGCUCACGUGCAGUUGCGCCAAGGGACCAGCUGUAAGUCACCAACCACCCCCUCCACUUCUAUUGCCUCUCUCAUUUUCAGAACGGAUCUUCGUCGACCUCCUCUUCGAUCGGCGCCGGUGUGCAGUACGACACGCCUCAAUCGUCGGACAUUGCGAACCAACUGACGGCGAUCAGCCAGCAGUCGUCCGGCGUCGGAACCGCCCGUUGCGGAUGCAUCCAGAUCGUGUUCCAGGGCGCGCCGCAGUACAAUUGUCAGUGCGGAGAUCAGAGCGGAAACGCGGUGAGGAGUGCCUCUAUAGUUGUGUUAUUUGAUGGCCGCUUGAUAGUUUAGCUGCCGACCACGACCACGAUGGCGCCAAGCACCACCAGCACCACCACCACCACCACCACCACCACCCCGGCUCCCACCACCACCACCUCAACCACUGCGGCGCCCGUCUCCUACCCGCAAGUGCCGACGAACACGCAGGUAUAGAGUGCUGCAUUCACAGUGCUGUGACAUAGUUAGAUGUUCAGGGAAAUAACGGCGCGUGCAACUGCAUCAUGAUCAGUAUCACCAGUCCGCAGACGGCCCAGUACCAGUGCCAGUGCGCCCAACCCCAACAACAACAACAGGUUUGUGUGGACGCAUGAUGUAGCAUGAUGAUCCGUGAUCACAAUUGCAUGAUUCAAUCUCACAGCAAGAAGAUCCGACGGCAGAGUAUGGAGCGCAGACGGCGAUCCCCGGAACGUUGCCACCGCCAGCCACCACCCCCGCAACCUCAACCACUACUCCCAACACCACCACCACCAACACCACCACCACCGCCACCCCGUCAAUGUACACGGCGUCGCCGCCGACCGUAUACCCGGCGAUCGGACAGUUGGCCACCGGCCACGAGUCGUGCUACUGUCUCGAUCCGAGCACGUCGGUCAUGUCGGCGGGGUGCGGGUGUCGAUGCAAUUGUGUCACGCUGAUGGUCACCGUGCCGAAUGCGUAUUGUGGAUGUCCACAACCGGGACAGCAGCAGCAGCAGGUUCGUCUCAAGCCUACCUCUGCGAGAAAACUAAUAAUAGAAGCAUGGAGCAUGUGUCGCUGAGCGUAUUCGAACAAAAUUGCAAUCAAACUUUUUUGCAGGCUCAAUACUCUGAAACGUACGACUACACGCAGGUCUACUCGACACAAGCGCCAACGGUAUCCGCCGUCAGCCCCAAAAAAGUACGUUUAUUCUUGUAGACCCUCGCGCCGACCACCUCCACCACCACCACCACUACCACCCCGACGCCAAGCACCACCUCCACCGUCACAAGCGCACAAAUGUACGCGGACGCGACGACGGCGACACAGUACCCGUUGACGACGACGUGUGUGAUGUACGUGAACGUGCCGACGAGCGCAUGCUCCUGUCUGCCACAGUACGAUCAGUGUGCGCAGAAUGUGUGCUGUUUGAAGGCCAAGUAUAGAAGUUAUAAGGUAGUCGAGAGUCUAGCCCGCCGCCGCCAACUUGCCGUAAUCUUUUCUGCUUCAGAAAGCCGAAGAAUCGUCGCCAUCCACCAUCGACAUGCUCAUGAACGUUCUCCAGACGAUCAAAACGAAACUCGAAUAG